AUGCGGAUGCAGUGGUUUUUGCUUCGGCACGCCUACUUCAUUAAGGGGGAGGACUUCGCGGUGGCGGUGGCGCUGCUGGACUUGGCGCUGUAUGUCUUGGUGGGGACGGAUUCGCUGAGGUUUCUGGGCCACUCGCCGGACAAGGCCCUGUUUGGGAUGGUCACGUCUGCGCUGCUUUUCAUCGUAGCGCUCUGUGGCUUCGUGAUUGUGCGCAUGUUCCGCACGAGCAAGUACAAAGUGGAGACUUACAUCAUGCCGGUCUUGAUCAUUUGCAACAUCGCGAGUGUGUUCUACAUGCAACUGAUCAACAAGUUCGUCGGGUUCAUGACGCUGCAGCUUCCCGUGCUUAUCUUUCUGAUCACGGGCUAUCCGUACGUCUGGCUGGUCGCCUUCGUGUUGGUGGGUAUGGGAGGCGGCCUGAUCGCGCAGUCCGUCGUCUGCUCCGUCGCGCUCACCUCGGGCUGCCCGCCUUAUCUGUGGGUCGACGUUGGGCUCUACGCGCUGCAGAUGGUGAGCGGCGCAGUCGCCUACUUCACGGUCUACGAACUCGGCAUCCUCAUUGUGCGCUACAAACGUCACCCGGCGCGCUAUCUGGACGCCUUCUCCGACCUCACCGCGCUGGACACGAUCGUCUUCUCUCCAGUCUUUGGUCUCGGCGGCGAGGCUGCGCGUCAGGUGCAAGUCAAUCAGCUGGUCGCGCCUGAAAAACCGCACCUCGACGGCCUCACGUUUCUCCGCUCCGCCUCUCAAGUCUCGCAGACGACCAAUCGCCUCGUCUCUCGAAGCUUCUACCACGCCAACACGCCCGGCUCUGGGCAGACCCGCGACGGGCACCCGUUCGAGCGGAACCCCCCAGACCGCGCCGAGCGACCCUCGUCCGCCAACUUGUCCUUCCACGGCAACCCCUCGCUGGCGGCCCACCACGGGGCCCCCCACGCCCCCAGCGCCCCGCUCGGCUCCGGCGCCCCGGGGGGCGCCCCCGCGGUCCCCAAGGCGCUGAUUCAGCACGCCGCGGCGCUGCAGGCGGGAGUCGGCUCGGGCUCCCCGAUGCAGGCAGCCGCGGGUCUCGUCGGCGCAGGCCGCCCGAGCGUCCCCCGCGGAGGCCACUUGCAGCGGGGCGACGGCUCCGGCGGGGACAGCGUGGGCGGCGUGUGCCCGCCCACUUCGCAGGGCCUGGUCUCCGGCGCGGCGGGGGGCGGAGGCGCGGCGAGCGCGCCUUCCUCGACAGACGACAGGAGUCGCCCUCCCGCCGCGGAGCCUGCGCCGAGCAGUCCAGUGGAGGAUCGGCACGGGGGCCAGGCGGGGGGCGGCGUCGUGGGGCUUCUCAGGGGUCUCACGUCCAAGUGCUCUGCGGCGCUGUCUGACGCCGGGCGACGCGUGGGCGGAAGUCAGGAAAGCAGCCGCUGGCGCUCCCGCGACCGCUUGUCCUCGAGGUCGACGUGUGAGCAGCACGGCACCGGAGGCCACGGGAAGCCCGGCGAGCGGUCGUCUGUGCCCAUUCUCUUGCCCCGGCCGUCCGCCGCAGUGACUGCGGGCUCCGGAGGCGAGAGUGAACUGAGGAGUCAAUGCCUCUCCGGACUGUCGACUCACGCUUUGGGGGGCGAGGGUCUCGGGGGCGCCUCUGCGGUCAGUUGCGCCUCCAGUCAAAGCUCGAAGACCACUCGAACGGGGAAGGCGGCGCAGGCCCGCAGCAGCAGCAGCGACGUCGCCCGCGGGAGAGAGAGGGCCGAGCCUCUCGUCUCCGAGACAGUCCUGCACCAGGCUGCGCUCCCCUCCUUCUCGUCGUCGUUCGCGGCGUCUGACGCCUGCGUAUCUCUCUCGUAUCGAGCGCGCUCCAGAAAGCGCGCGCUGUCUGUCGACGCAGUGGGUCGGGGCGAGUCGGGGGGCGCCGACGCCGCGGGGAGGGCCGCGAAGAGCGGGCGCGGGAGGGAGAGCCGUCGAGAAGCCGGCGAAGGCGCGUUUCAUGAGUUCUCUCCGUCCAGUCUCGCGAAAAAAGAGGAUGUGUUUCCUUGCGACGAGCGCUUCGCGCCGACCGCGGGCGCGACGGGCUUCGCAUCGGUGUUCCCUCUGUUUGACGGCGAGAGCUCGUUUCCUCCCGAGGCGAACGUGCGGGAGGAUGCGCCCAAGCUCUUGGGCGGCGCAGAGGUCUGGGGUUACGACCCAGCCCACCCGCCCGCCGGGUACGCGCGACGGGCGACUGGCGGGGUGGACGAGCAGAGCUCGCAGCUGCCGUUGUUCCCGUCAGCUGCGGCGGAGGCGCAAGUGCGGAGUGCACUCCAGUAUCACCGGAGGUGGUUUUUCUCGCAGCUGCUUCACUUCCGGCGCGCGAGGCGACGCAACCGACAGCGCGGGCGGCGCUCGGGCGACCCUGCGGCUUAUUCCGAAGACAGCGAGGGAGCGGAUGCGAGCUCGGACGACUCGACAGCAGACGCGCGAAGAAGACGCGCGCGACGGCGUUCGGGGUGCUCGCCUCGAGCAGAGAGAUACGACUCCGGUAGCGAUGAGGAGACUCAUCUCUGGCUGAGGGCGAGGGACAGUGAAGAAGUAGCCUCGGACGCGUCGGAGGGCUCCCACGAGCGAUCCAGGUGGCGCGACGUUUCGGCGAGCUCCAUCGACGCGUCUUCCGAUGCCAAGGAGGGGGAGUCCAGCGCGUCGUCGGGUGAAGCGGAUGACAGCUACGCACUCAGCGGCAUGCAGUGCCGCCGUCUGCGGCGGAGCGACGCUUCUGCUGAUGCCUCGGUGUCUACUUCGUCUCGAUCUCCUGCGCGCUGCGGAGCUGGGAGGAAAGGAAGGGCGCGGACUGGCGCUUCGUCCGUCUCCGCCUCGUCCUUCGCGUCCUCUGCAUUCCGCCGGUACCUGCCCUUCUUGUUUGCCUCUGGCACUCGGCGCCGCAGCUCGAAACCACUGAGCGACGAGGAACCAGAAAUGCUCAAUGAAGUCGCUGAGGCCCGGAGCCGGAGAUGGGGCUCGCGCCGCUUCUCUGCGGCCGAGGGCGACGUCAGUGAGGGCGUCUGCAGCGCGUCCUCCGCGGGCGUGUCUGCGGCGGGCGUGUCUGCGGCGGGCGUGUCUGCGGCGGGCGUGUCUGCGGCGGAGAGUGAGGAGGUGUGCGAGCGCUGCUGCGAGGCAUCGUCGGGCUCUCGCUCUUCGCGCUCGUGCUCGCUGGAGAGACGGAGUCGUGGGGGCAGGUUCUCGAGGAAGAGGCGAGCGAAAGGGAGGCGCAGGCUGUCCAGUCGCGUCCGCGCCUCGUCCUCGUCUUCCUCGCCGUCGCCAGCCCGCCGCGAGAGAGCGAGGGAUGGCGACUACGUUGCUGUCGACCUCGCGCCUCUCCCCUCCCGGAUCUUCUUCGACACCUUCCUCAACUCGAUUCGCCGAGCUGAACAACUCACGAAGCAAGCCAGCGCGCCGGGGCACCUUCCAGUCUUCUCCGUCUCUGCGUCGUCUCCCGCGGGCCCCCCCGUCCCGCCCUCCUCCUCGCCUUCGACCGACGGAGCCAGAGGAGGCGAGGCGCCGACCGCGGCGAAGCCGGCGAGUGGGCAGCCCGCUGCAGGGCCGCAGGUCAGCGCGCAAGGACGGAAGGGAGCGAGCAGCGAGGGCCUGGAGAAGUACUAUGCCAUGCUUCUCCCCUCGCUCCCGCCCUUCCCCUCUUCGCGGCCUCUGGCGGUCGCGCGCGGGAAGAAGGGCCUGCACAGGGUCGCAGACGCCUCGAUGUCCGCCCGAGGGGGGGAGGCAGGGACGGGCGCCAGCCCCCAGUCGGCCCUCUUCGUUGAUGGAAAACGCCUCGCUCAGGCUGUCGCUGUGUCCGCUUCGGCGGGGUUAGAGUGCGGCUCGGAAGGCCCAGGCCGAGACGAACAAAAACAGGGCCUCCGCCGCGCGUUGUGCGCCUCGCCAGCGGAUCUCGCUUCUCGUCUGCACCGUCUUCCUCGCGCUCCGGCUCUCGCCUCGCCGCCGCUUCUCCAGGCGACGGUCGCGACCUGUCCUCAACCGCCCUCUCUCGCCUCUUCUCCGUCUUCUGGACUCGCCUCGUCUGUCUGCGUCCAGAGGUCUCAGUCUGUCGCGGCGGCUUCUGCGAGGGUCUCCAUUGAGUUGGGCGAUCUCGCUCGCCAGCCGUCGCCUCCUCACGCGAAGCUCGCGCACACUCACGCCGCGGCCGCUCUCUCGCCGUCCAGUGACCCCACCACGCGCGCGACCUCGGUGCCGCCCCGCAGCGUCUCGGAUGCUGGAAGCGCGUCUGCGGAGACCGAGGACGGCAGCGAGGGCGCCGUGGAAAGGCGCCUGUCUUCUGUCGUAGUCCCACGCGACCCGCAGGAGCUGCAUCGCUGCCGGCGGAGCUGGAGCGCAUGCGGGCCUGCGACCGCGGGCUGCGCCUCUGGGCCCCCCCCGCUGGCGGAUCGAGCGGCCUCGCGCGCGCCGCAGGUUGACGGUGCUGCUUUUCCGAUGCAGGACUGCAAGCGCGGGCGCUGCCGGCGCUGCGGCCGCACGUGUCGGCAUCGAGAGUCUCCGCGUCGCGGGGCUGGGUGCGGAGACAGGAAGCGGAGUGCGGCAGGAGGGAGGGAGCGCGAAACGUCGGAUCGUUCGGAGAGAGAGGAGCGCAGCCAAGCGCGGACGCUGCGGCGCAGGCGGCCGCGGAGAAGCCGGUUGCUGUCGCCGGCGAUUUCCACGGCGAGCUGCAGCAGCCGCGAGCGCAGGAGUCGCCGGGCGGUCGGCGGCGUCGCUCAGCUCACGCCGAUCUGCGUGGAUGAGGACUGCGGACAGGGCGACGACCUCCUGUCUCCGCUGCUGCGCAGCGAGAGCGAGGAGGCCCCGGGGGAUGUACGCGACUCUCUGUCGAUAGACAGCGACGCGUCGUGCGACUCCCGAGACCUCAGCGGACGGCAGCAAGGUGGCAGGCGCUCCCGCGCCUCCUCGCUCCCGUCUGCGGCGGAAGGUGAGCCGGCGGGAGAGCCAGACCAGAGGGCAGGUGGAUGGCUGGCGUCGUGGCUCUUCGGGCCCUGGGGGGUCAGCGAGGGCGAGCGCGGCGGAGGAGGCGCCCGUGGAGAGAAGCGGAGGGACCGGCGGUCGAGGCGCCGACGGCACAGCAAAGUCUCUCGAGACCGGCUGCUAGUGCAAGCUGGCUACGCGCUGAGCGGAGAGGACGCGACGCGCGCCUUCGCGGACUGCAGCCGCAAGGCGUGGUUGAGAGAAGAUGGCAGCGGGGCGUCAACGAGCCAGUAUUCUUCCUUCGGACGCGCCGGCGGUCGCCGGCGAGAGUCGCCUGAGACUUUGGAGCCCGCACGCUCGGCGACUGCGGAGGACGACGAGGAUCGUCUCGCCGUUUCGCAUGGUCGCGACGCCUGCGGCAAGCGCCGCCGGAAGGGGCGGUGGGCGUCGACGACGAGCCCCGAGCAGCGAGAGUGGGGCGGGCGCGGCGCGUGGCACACGACCUCCGCGCUGGACGCGCCUCCGGCCUCACCGCCGACUUGGGCUCCCGCGGUUCCUACUCCGUCGCCCUCUUCGUUCUCCUUCUCGGCGCUCGAUCAGGAGGCGGACGCUGGAGAGGGGCGAGCCGAGGCUGCCGCCGCCGCCGCGUCGGGCGCCGCAGACCUCAUUCGGCGCUUCUUCGCCGCGACGGAGCUGCAUCGCAGCGAGCCGCGACCCGAGAAGCCGGAGGGCGCGGCGGACGGGGCUGUGGCAGCGGACGCGGCGGCGGCCCCGUUGCAUAUGCUUGCGCAUUCGUUCGCCACGGCGGCGACGGCGGAAGGGCCGCCGAGUCCCAAGGCCGCCCGCGACAACUUGUCUUCCUCGCACUCGGGCCUCGCCGCAAUUGGGGCCCCGCGGUCGCUGACCAGCCAGGCGAGCUUGCCACGGAGUGCGCCGGCGCAGCCGCAGGGCCACGCGCCCGCGACGGCCUCCGCGCCGGGAUCUGCGGCGAGUGUGCGGUCGUCGGCGCUCCCGUCCAGCGGCCGCGCGGGCGGGAUGCCUUCGGCGACGUCGCACGCGUUCGCGUCGACGGCCUCCUCGCCGAGCGGGCUCGCGGCGGCGGCGGACUUGGGCCCACGGGCCUCGCGGCUGGGGCUCGGGCGCGGGGCGUACCGGGCGGGGACGGGGACCCGCGCGGCGCCGUCGACGAAGGCCACGCGGCCGCUGAAGAGCGGCUACAUCUCGUCGGUGGGCGGCGGCGGCGGCAGCGCAGAGAGCUCCAGGGGGAAGAUGACGCGCUACCACAUCGUGCAGAAGUUCCACGACCGCCUGCCUUGGUGGGUCGCGCGCAUUAUCGUAUACAGCGACGCCGCGCUGGAGAACUGCCGGCGCCGGCGCCGCCUCAUGCAGCGGGCGACCUGGCGAACCAAGGUCGCGAUGCCCGUGCGCAACAUGCUCGGCCUCUUCAGCGACGAAAAAAUCGAGACCUGGUACGUGCAGUGGCUCAACGCCUUCAACGCCAAGUACUACCCCCGCGUCGCCUGGCUCCUCUUUCUCGUCUGCCUCUACGCGACCGCCUUCCACGGCCUCCUCAGACUCAGAAACUUCGUCGACAACUACCCCCUCUGCCGCGACGCCGUGCGAGACUCUCCCCUGGGCGAAAUCGGUUUUUUCACGCUGGUCGCUGUUCGCUUCGCGUCUCAACCGAUUCUCUCGAUGCUGCUGCUUCUACCAGUCCUGCGACACUCGGGCUCCAAGAUCGUCGAGUGCUUCACUUCUCGGGGACCAGUCACACCGCCGAAAAGCUACAAACUCUACCGAUGGAUGCUGGGACUAUCGCUGCUGCAAUUUGCGUAUAGCGUGUUUGACAACACUUGGCAUCUGUUUGCCGCGCCUCCAACUCGACACAUUAGUCCGCUGACGAUUAUUCCGCCGAGUGCGGGGCUGGAGGUGGCAGUGGUUCAGACGGUGUUCAUUCUCGCUGUGCGAACGCCGACCAUUAAUGUAAUUUUUUGUCUGUACUUCAUCGUGUACCUCCUCAUUUUCUUUUUCGUCCUGCCUGCCGGCGCCCAACAAGCGCAGCUCUUCGCCGUCAGCCUCGCCGGUUGGCUUUUCACGUGCAUCGGCGGCCAACUCUUCUACACGAGAGCCUUUGAAGUGAACCGCAGGCGGCUGUUCUGCAAGUAUGUCCUGCCGUACAUGCUGUAUCUCGAAGAGAUCGCAGCGAUUUUGUACUCCAACCCUCAAGGCGAGUAUCCGCCCGACGAAGGCAGCGAUGACGAGGUGUCGCUGGCCUCUGCGCACCCGGCGGUUGAGAGAUCCUAG